AUUUUUUCAUGAUGAGUCACUCAUCAUCUUCCUCCGAUCCAGAAAUCAAAAGUUCUCUUUUUCAUUUUCUCUGCUGUUACCGGACGAUGAAGAUUCUCGUCGCCGUCAAACGUGUCGUCGACUACGCCGUCAAGAUCCGUGUCAAACCCGAUAAGACUGGUGUAGAAACCCAAAAUGUGAAGAUGUCGAUGAAUCCAUUUUGUGAGAUCGCACUUGAGGAAGCACUUCGAAUCAAAGAAGCUGGUUUUGCUAAAGAGGUUAUUGCAGUGAGUAUUGGACCUUCACAAUGUGUGGAUACACUUCGUACUGGUUUAGCUAUGGGUGCUGAUCGAGGAAUUCAUGUUGAGACCAAUUCUAGUUUUCUUCCUUUGACGAUUGCUAAGAUCUUGAAGAGUUUAGCUGAUGUUGAGAAUCCUGGAUUGAUUUUCUUAGGGAAACAGGCGAUAGAUGAUGAUUGCAAUCAAACAGGACAAAUGGUUGCAGCUUUGCUUGGUUGGCCACAAGCAACAUUUGCAUCGAAGGUUGUGUUGGAUAAAGAUAAGAAUGUUGCAACGGUGGAUAGAGAAGUAGAUGGAGGUCUUGAGACUCUUAAUGUAGACUUACCCGCUGUGAUAACAACUGAUUUGAGGCUGAACCAACCAAGAUAUGCAUCACUCCCUAACAUAAUGAAGGCUAAAUCGAAGCCGAUAAAGAAAAUGACGGUGCAAGAUCUGAAAGUAGACAUUAAAUCCGACAUAGAGAUCUUGGAAGUCACAGAGCCUCCAAAGAGGAAAUCUGGCGUUAUGGUUUCUUCAGUGGAUGAGUUGAUAGAUAAGCUUAAAAAUGAAGCUCAUGUAGUUUGAAGGAAGAAACCUUUUAUGUCUUUUUUUCCAAUCUGCUACACACUUGAUCCUCUUUCUUCUUACCUACAUUACUGUUUCAGGCAUGAAGUGGAAGUAAAUAAAUAAAUCAAGUGUGGAUCU